AUGAAAGUUCUGUUCUAUGCCAGUUUGUUCCUGUUGGGCCUCGCCGUCGUGAGCGCCAAGGGGGAGAAAAACAACAUCCUGAACUCCAUGAAAAAUGAUGGAAGAAACAAAGGCAAAGGCCAGAAGGCGGGCGCGAAUGCGACGAUGCAGGAUAUGUUCCACUCUGACGAAAUCGAAAAAAUCAAAGAACUGAUAAAAGAGAACAAGCUGGAUGAAGCCAAUGCGCUAUUUAACCAAAUGAAGAAAACUUACGGUGGAAAUGAAAAAGCUGUCGGAAGUGAACACUACAUGGCGAGUAACAACUAUGGACGAAAUAAAGACGAAAAUAAAUUAACACAAGAUAUUAUGAAUAAUAGUCAGGACUUCUUCAACAAUUUAAUCAGUCCAAGUGAUCUCCAAGAAAUGAUAAAAUUUUAUAUGUACUUGCAAAAUCUUUUAAGUUCCAAAAAUGAAACUUCGGAAAAGAAGAUGGUGAAAACAUUUCUGAGAAAAACAAUCCAAAAAAUGAAAGACAAUGAAAAAAAUGAAGAAAAAAGAUCCAUUGAUGAUAUCAUAAAGGAUACCGAAGGACAUACACAAAUGUUGGAAAAGCUAGCAGAUCUCAUGAAAAUAAAGAAGGAGAAUCUGCAAAAUGAGGAAGUCAAAAAUAAAUUAAAUCAAAUACUCAUUGGUAUGAUGAAGUUCAUCGAUUACACAAACAAUAGCGAUAUUACAAAGGCACUUAUGGACGAAAUUAAAAUUAAGGAAGUUAAAAACGCCGAUGGUACGUCCAAGCCAAAGCUGCAAGUCAACAUGGGAAGCAGUAAGGCUCAUUUGGAGAUGCUGCAAAAGGCCACCAACUUUAUGGGUAUGGACAUUGAUCCCGAGGAGCUUAAAAACCUCACCAUGAACAAUAAGUGGUACGAGAACUUUCUGAACAACCUCCUCAACAGCUCGGACGAGUUAUGA